AUGGCCGGUCGCAACCAAUCCCAGCCAACUACAUCGAGAUUCGUGCCCAUCGGACAACCAGCACCGCGUUUUGUGCCGAUGUCAAUGCCAAUGGCGAUGCCAACAACGUCGGGUUUCAUACCAGUUCAAAUGCCAGUUCGUCCUCCUGCUGUGCCAUUCUUCACAACAAAUUGCAUUGUGAAUCAGCCAGUUGGUCUUCGCAACAUGGAUCCAAACAGCAUCGGCUACACAAACAUCAUGCACAUCACCAAAUACGGAUACCGUGUCAACGGAAAGUUCUACCCAAAAGUUAAGAAGGGAACACUUAUCAAGAAAGAAGACUCAUUGUUCCAAACUGGGACGCCUGAAUUAGAAACGAUCACCGAGGAAAAUCAGGAGCCAACAUCUGCCAAAUAA